CUCCUUCCUCUCCUCGGGGCUAAAAGAGAGCAAAGAGGAAGCAACAGCCUCUCUGACCUGGGCAACCUUCCUGGAAAGAUGCAGACUCUCCUGUUCCUGCUGGCCUUUUUACUGUCCCCUGGGGCAGAGGCAGGGGAGAUCAUCGGGGGACAUGAGGUCAAGCCCCACUCUCGCCCCUACAUGGCAUUUGUUCGUUAUCUGAUUAAAGAAAAAAGGAAGAACUGCGGCGGUGUCCUCGUGCGACAGGACAUUGUUCUGACCGCUGCUCACUGCUGGGGAAGCUCAAUCAAGGUGACCCUGGGUGCCCACAACAUUAAGAAGCAGGAGAAGACCCAGCAGGUCAUCUCUGUGAAGGAAGCCAUCCCCCACCCACAUUAUAAUUCUAAGAAGAUCACCAAUGACAUCAUGAUACUAAAGCUGGAGAGAAAGGCCGAGCUGACUACAGCUGUGCAGCCCAUCAGCCUGCCCUGGGGCACAGCCCAGGUGAGGCCUGGACAGGUGUGCAGUGUGGCAGGCUGGGGGAGAGUCACCCCAAAUGGCAGAGGGUCUGACACUCUGCAGGAGGUGGAGUUGACAGUGCAGCAGGACCAGGUGUGCAAAUCCUACUUACGCAAUUACAACAGUACCACUCAGCUUUGCGUGGGAGACCCGAAGGAAGAGAAGUCUUCCUAUAAGGGGGACUCUGGAGGACCUUUCGUGUGUAAGAAAGUGAUCCAGGGCCUUGUCUCCUAUGGACGAUCAGGCGGGAUUCCUCCACGGGUCUAUACCAAAGUCUCGAGUUUUCUGCCCUGGAUAAAGAAAAUCAUGAAGGUGCCGGCCCCGUUUUGGCGUGGCUAAGUUCGUUUGCUCCACUGCGGUGGCCCAGGGAUUUCCCCAUUCACAUGCUGGGAGCCGACAUGGCACUUCUCAACAGGCCAUGCAGAGGCGGCAUCCCACACGCUGCAACUAGAAGGAUCCACAACUAAGAAUAUACAACUAUGUACCGGGCAGCUUUGGAGAGGAAAAAAAAAGGAAAAACUAAAAUCUAUAAAAGAAAAAAAAAAAAGAAAACCAUGAAAAGCCUCUAACUGUAAGAACCAGCUCACCUUCUCUGGAGCUGAUCCAGAAUGACACCAGUAACUAAAUAAAUGUCUCUGAGCUGAGCAGGAAA